AUGACGAAGCUUUUAACAACUUUUUUCUGCUGUUUUUCGAUUCUCUUUUCUGUGCAUUGUCAAUGUCCAACUUUUGUUACUAGAAUUGUGUGGGCUGCGAGACCACCUUCCAGUUCAAUUCCAGUAAUAACAGUAAGACCUUCACCUUAUCUGGUUGUUCAUCAAACCGGAGAACAAAAUCAAUUCUGCACGACACAAGCAUCAUGUGCGCAACAAACGCGAAUCAUUCAAAAUCAUCACAUGGAUGUUCUUGGAUGGCCUGAUAUUGGAUUUAGUUUCACAGUUGGUGAAGAUAAUUUGAUUUACACGGGUCGUGGAUGGUUUCAACAAUCACAAAAUGUGGGACCAUUUGCCAAUCAAUCGUUCAAUAUUGCUUACAUUGGAAACUUCAUAAAUCGUCUGCCUUCAUUGUCUGCAAGAAAUCUUUUGGAUCCAAUCAUCAAUUGUGCAAUUGUUGCUGGCCAUUUAAGUCCAAACUACUUUGUAGUAGCUGCAUGUCAAAUUCAAGGAACAAACUGUGCUGAGAAUACCAUUCAUGAAUGGAUAAGGUCGCAUCCUAGAUACACGGAACUUCCUGUACCGGUCUGA